GGUAUAAGUGGAUAUAAAUGUUUGAAAUUUUUUUUAAGAAUUGUUUUCUAUGCUUGUAAUACCCUGAGAGGAUUCUUGCUGUUGGCAUGUUCUUAGAACAUGAGUUAGAACAGAACAAGAGUGAAGCCUCUCUCUGGAGGAUUUAGUGGUAGGUAGUCCUGUGUUCCAAAGAGCUUUUUUUAAAGGGUGUCUUGUCCAUUGAAGCUACAGAGAAAAGAUGUACCAGGUUUGUGGUAAGAAAUUUUUUGGUUUUUUUUAUGUAGGAAAACAAAUUUAAAUACAGAACUAGGUGGAGAUAAGGGGGAGUGAACAGGAGAAAGAAGGAAGGAGGACAGGUGUGGAGAAGUACUGUUCUGCAAAGACUGGGUAGAAUAAAAAGGUUGCAGCAGAAACGUGGUUGGUAGAAGGCACCUGAAAUAUUAAGGUCUAAUUCUCAUUUGCUUUCAUUUAUACCUCAAGCUAAUGCUGUGCCUCAGUCGUUCUUGAGUAUUAGUGCUUGAGCUGAUCAGAUUGUGACGUUAUGUGCCAUAUGUGCUGGCAGAAAGCAAUACAGUGUGAUGGACCAAAGAUGCAGCUUGAGCUCUAAUCUUGAGUUUCCCUGCUGUUCUUUGCUAUUUAAUUAUUAUUAUUUUUAUGUAUACACAUACAGACAUACCACUGAAUGUGAGAAAACCUGAUAGAUUUCAUAGAGGGUGAUGUGUAAGCCUAUGUAUAUUUAUGAUUUCGUGAUAGUGUUAGAGGGCUGCUUAUUACUUUGACAGCAUAAUUCUUAGAAGUCUGAGCUCAUAAGACUAAAAAACAUCAGUUACGUGAAAAUCUUCUCUAGUGGGUUUACUGUUCUUUUCUAGCUGUUUGUGUUGCUCUGACAGCAAAUGCACACUAAAUGUUUUCAUAAUACUGUUAAUGUAUGAGCUUUUCAGUGUGCUUCAACUCUUUUUCAGAAGUUCUGUGUCCAAACUAGGUUUGGGUAUUGUAUUACAUUUUUCUUUACAGUACCCAAAAGUGCUGUUACUAGUCUUGUAUCAAAUAUGGAAGGCACAAUCGUUCUUUACCCUGAUCUGUGUAAAUGAGGUUAAGUGUUAGAAUUGUCAAAGGCUUUAUGUUCAGGACAAGCCUGUUAUUUUAAAAAUCUAAAAAGGAAAAUAGAGGACAACUGCUUGCAGAUGCUUAAGAGUACAAAUACAUCAACUAAAAUCUAGCAAGUACUGAGUUUUAUGCUCAGUAUCAGUACAGUAUGUGAAUGAUUAAUUUUAAGGCAAGCUUGAAGCUGUGUAGGGUGGCUUCCUAUUUCAACUUGAGUCCCGUAGAUCAAGUUGAGAAGCAAGCUGGACUUGGUGUUCCUUUCUUCAAAGGGAGUCUUAGUCUGAUUUUUCUGAUGGGGAGUCUCAAUAUAGCUUUGCCUAAGUUUUACUUUGACAAGGAGGUUAAUUUAGUUUAUGUAAAAACCACCAGUGCCAUAAAGCAUAAUAAAAGAGAAAUGCAAAUGGUUCAGGUGAGGUUGUGAAUUAAGAUGUCAAUACUAAACUGCUGGUUAAAUUUGUGUGGGUUUUUUUUUUUCUCCUUCAGUAUAUAAGUAGGGUUGAAUUUUUCUCUGGGACCAAAAAUCCAUAUCCAGUUGCCAAAGGGGGAAAUUGAAACAGUGCUAAAAUGUAAGGAGAAAAGCACCUUUCUACAAAUUCUGGAUUUGGAUUUUUGGGUCCAACUUUCUUUCCUGCAGCAAAGCUUUCUGCAAACCAGACUUUACUUUUUCCUGUUGACUUUACUAUCUAAGAGUGUGCUUGUGGUCUCUGGGUGUGUCUUUCAUGAGACCCAUCAAAAUACUUGGUGAUUAGAGUCUUCUGUGACUAAAAUGAGAAUGAGACCCAGCCAUUUUAAGAAGUUAGGCCAUUUCAUCUGGCACAACUAGGUCUCUGUUGUUCCAAAAUAAACUAUGCUGCUAUAAUCAAAUGCUUUGCUCUUCAAAUGUUCUGGCAAAAAUUUACAUGGAAAAAAGUUGGCAUACCACUGUGAGAAAGAUGAAGAACUUGGGGGUUUAGAUAAUAAUGCAAAAAGCCAUGUUAUUAAUGCCUAAGUUUUUGUAUCCUUUCAAGUUCACUCGCAUUGGUUUAUGGUGAUCAGUGAGAAGUUUCACAGGAGUAUUUGUCUCUUCCCCUCCUCUCUGGCUGCCAUCAUGACGGCUGAAGAAACGGUGAACAUUAAAGAAGCUGAAAUAAUUAAGCUAAUACUAGAUUUUCUGAACUCAAGGAAACUUCAUAUCAGUAUGUUGGCACUUGAGAAAGAAAGUGGGGUCAUUAAUGGCUUGUUUUCAGAUGACAUGCUCUUUCUAAGGCAGUUGAUUCUUGAUGGUCAGUGGGAUGAGGUUCUUCAAUUCAUUCAACCUCUUGAAUGUAUGGAAAAAUUCGACAAGAAAAGAUUUCGAUACAUUAUAAUGAAGCAGAAGUUCUUGGAAGCCUUGUGUGUAAACAAUGCGAUGUCAGCAGAAGAUGAGCCUCAGCAUCUGGAGUUCACAAUGCGAGAGGCAGUGCAGUGCCUGCACGCGCUGGAGGAAUAUUGUCCCUCCAAGGAAGACUACAGCAAACUCUGCCUGCUGCUGACACUGCCCCGCCUGACCAACCACGCCGAGUUCAAGGACUGGAAUCCCAGCACUGCUCGGGUGCACUGCUUUGAGGAAGCCUGUGUCAUGGUAGCAGAGUUCAUCCCAGCUGACAGGAAGCUGAGCGAGGCCGGCUUCAAAGCAAGUAACAACCGCUUGUUCCAACUUGUCAUGAAGGGAUUGCUUUAUGAAUGUUGUGUGGAAUUCUGUCAGAGUAAAGCAACAGGAGAAGAAAUCACAGAAAGUGAAGUAUUGCUGGGCAUUGAUCUCUUGUGUGGCAAUGGGUGUGAUGACUUGGACCUUAGCUUAUUGUCGUGGCUGCAGAACCUGCCAGCUACUGUGUUUUCUUGUGCUUUUGAACAAAAGAUGCUUAAUAUUCACGUUGAUAAACUCCUCAAGCCUACGAAAGCUGCGUAUGCUGAUCUUUUGACACCUCUCAUCAGCAAACUUUCUCCUUACCCAUCGUCCCCAAUGAGAAGGCCUCAGUCAGCAGACGCUUACAUGACCCGCUCCUUAAACCCUGCCUUAGAUGGGCUGUCCUGUGGAUUAACAAACCACGAUAAGCGGGUCACAGACCUCGGGACCAAAACUUCUCCAAUGUCACACUCCUUUGCUAAUUUCCAUUACCCAGGAGUACAGAAUCUCAGCAGGAGCCUCAUGCUUGAGAAUACUGAGUGUCACAGCAUUUUUGAAGAGUCACCUGAGCGAAGUGAUACUCCUGUGGAGCAACAGCGUCCCAUCGGCAGUGAGGCUUUGUGCCAAGGUUCAGUUCCAGAAAAUGAACCACUCAGUGCUGCACAGAGUCAGGGAUCAGCCAAACAAGAAAAAAAUGAGCUUCGUGAUUCAACAGAGCAGUUUCAGGAAUAUUACAGACAAAGACUACGUUACCAGCAGCACUUAGAACAGAAGGAACAACAACGACAGUUGUACCAGCAAAUGUUGUUGGAAGGAGGAGUGAAUCAAGAAGAUGGAGCUGACCAGCAACAGAAUCUUACUGAACAGUUUCUUAACAGAUCUAUCCAGAAACUAGGGGAAUUAAACAUGGGUAUGGACAGUCUUGGAAAUGAUGUACAAGCACUUAGCCAGCAAUGUAAUGGGAGCAAAGGGAAUGCAUCUACCAAUCCAGCAAGUAACUUCACAUCACCACCCUCAGAUGGCAGUCAGAGGAUAGCAACUGAUAGCCCAAGUGUCAAUACAAGCACUCCUCGAAAGUGUGGAUCAGCCAAUCAGAUCCCCUUUCCUGAAGAGUCGCCUGUACAGGGGAACCAAAACAGUGUAUCAGCACAUGCUGUCACUCAGCCACAGCUGGAAGACGCUUUGGGGAAUUUAGCUAAGGCAAGAGGUGAUGAGGAUGACAAAUCAAAAAAGCAGUUCAUUUGCAUUAAUACUCUAGAAGACACACAGGCUGUCAGAGCUGUAGCCUUUCAUCCCAGUGGGAGUUUAUAUGCUGUUGGCUCCAACUCUAAAACUUUGAGAGUUUGUGCCUAUCCAGAAGUAAUUGACCCAAGUGCUUAUAAUACUUCUAAACAACCUGUAGUUCGCUUCAAAAGGAAUAAGCAUCAUAAAGGAUCAAUCUACUGUGUAGCCUGGAGUCCCUGUGGACAGCUGUUAGCUACUGGUUCUAAUGAUAAAUAUGUGAAAGUACUGCCUUUUAAUGCAGAAACUUGUAAUGCAACAGGACCAGAUUUGGAAUUCAGCAUGCACGAUGGGACAAUCAGAGACCUUGCUUUCAUGGAAGGCCCAGAAAGUGGUGGUGCUAUUUUAAUAAGUGCUGGAGCAGGGGACUGCAAUAUUUACACAACAGAUUGUCAGCGAGGACAAGGCCUGCAUGCCCUGAGUGGUCACACUGGUCAUAUUUUAGCACUUUAUACAUGGAGUGGCUGGAUGAUUGCAUCCGGAUCCCAAGACAAGACUGUAAGAUUUUGGGAUUUGAGAGUGCCAAGCUGUGUUCGUGUUGUGGGAACAACGUUUCAUGGAACAGGCAGUGCUGUAGCCUCAGUAGCUGUUGAUCCCAGUGGGCGACUCCUGGCUACAGGCCAGGAGGACUCCAGCUGUAUGUUGUAUGACAUCCGGGGAGGUCGGAUGGUGCAGAGCUACCACCCCCACUCCAGCGACGUUCGCUCCGUUCGCUUCUCCCCGGGGGCUCACUACUUGCUCACAGGGUCAUAUGAUAUGAAGAUCAAGGUGACAGACUUGCAAGGGGACCUCACGAAGCAACUUCCUCUGAUGGUGGUAGGAGAGCACAAGGACAAAGUUAUCCAGUGCAGGUGGCACACGCAAGAUCUUUCCUUCUUGUCGUCGUCUGCAGACAGGACUGUAACCCUUUGGACCUACAAUGGUUAGAGUGCAAACAAAGGCAACCUAUGCAGCUAAAGCACAGAGACCUGAGACUACAGAACUGUCCAAACAAUAACAAUGAGGCAUUGAGAGCAGCAGUUGAGCAGGAGAGUGUCUUAUCAAGAAGAGGGGCACUUGUCACUGGUUUUUCUGGUUUCUAGGAGGUCUUGGUGUUUUUAGUAUAUUCUUUUGCAGUGCUUCCAGUCUUCCAUGUUGAACUCAUGCUGCUGUGACCUAUUGUAGUCUUGUUGCCAAAGUCUAUGAGGAGAACUCUUAUGUUGUUGAUGUGCACUCAGAGUAACAUGAAUGAUGUGUUUACAGUUUGGUAUUAAUUGCAUUCCUUGGUCUUUGCCUCGAUGAGAAUUUUGUAUAUAACUGAAGUUGAACAACACUUUAAUCAAGUCUGUAUGUAACUAGUUACACACAUACACACACACACACACACAAAACUUCCACUGUUUUUCCAUUGUAUUCAUCACUCCUCAACAAGAGAUCAAACUUUAUAACAUCUCCACAAUUUCAGUAUUUUUAGUAAAAACAUCUGAACUUUAAAGGCUGACUAGACAGCAACCACAUCUUGAUUAUGGUCCAUUACAUAGUGUGGGAUUUUUUCUUUCUUUUCAUCUAACCUUGGAAAAAUGUUGCUGUUUUUACUACAUGACAUUGUUUUGAACAAGCUAACAUGUUGGAGGGGGAAAAAGUAAAAUAUUAACUUUUUUCAGUAGAAACAUGUAAUAUUUUACUUUUUGAAUGCAACAGAAUACCUCUGUGUAUAAUGUACUAUAGAAAAGAGUGGAUUGGCAGCAGUUGUCACAGUGAGCUUAAUGGCUAUCAAUUUUUCAAGUAAAAGGGAUACCAUUAAUGCUAUAAUAGAAACCAGCAUGGCUUAAAAUGCUAUGUCUGCAUGAUAAUUUAAGAAUUGUUUAAAUUCCCAGUUCAGAAGCUUAUCUGAAUUUUAUUUCUUGCACUGUUUAUGUAUGGGAAACUGCAGUUUUAUUUCUACAAAACUUUAGAUUCUAAUGUUUAUGUAUUGUUAUAUUUUCAUAUUGUACAGUUCCUUUUACUUUUUAAAAUAUAAACCUUAAACUUUGGGUUAUUUAUUUAUUUGAACUGCAGUUAAGUUUUGGAUUCUCUUGGUUACUAAAUUAUAUGUGCACUGUAGCAAGCAUUUUUAACUAUCGUAUAAAAGUGGAAAGGUAAAUAUAGAAGUGUAUCUGUGCUAUAAUCUCAAUAAAGACCUCCAACACCUGCA